AUGUCGUUAAUGCCUGGUACGAGCACAGCUAGUGGAGCUGCUCAUGCUGCUGAUGAUGCCAAGCGACGAUCGAUUAUCAAUCUUAUGAAGACCAAGCGUGUGCGUAUCGGGGAUAAAGAGGCAAAGGAGGCAAAGGAUCUUCUCGGAAAAUUGUACGCCACCCAAGAUGAUGAGGAACGACGUGAGCUUGCCAAGGAAGCUGCAGCCUAUGCCAAUGCGUAUGGGGUACGAUCUCUCAAGGCAUGUCAUUUGUACAGUGCCAUUUCGCAUGAGUUGUUUGCCAAAAAGAUCAAGCAGCCUGAAGUGCUUGCCUCGAUGGAAUUGACAUUGUACUUGUGCGAUGUCAAUGAAACGUUACACGGUGUGAUGGAUCCUCAUUUGGCUAGUCUAUUGCCUCCAUUGUUGGAUUUGCAAGGUGAUAAGCAAGCCAAGGUCAAGGAAAUGGCCGCCAUGACAGCCAAGCGCUUAACAUCUGCAGUGAAUCCAUCGGCGACUCGAAUGAUGUUGCAUGUUUUAUUGACUGGAUUGGAGAAUUCUCGAAAGUGGCCCACCAAGAUGUUGUCUCUUUCAUUGAUUGAAGAAUUGGCUCGCAAGAAUCCAAUGCAGCUCUUGCCAUGUAUUCCAGACUUGAUUCCAGUGGUAUCGGAUUGCAUGUGGGAUACCAAGGCCGAAGUCAAACGUGCAUCGACCCAAUGCAUGAAGACCGUGACCGAAUUGCUUGACAAUAAGGACAUUGAACGCUUCAUCCCCGCUGUCAUUGAAUGCAUCAAUCAUCCCGACAAAGUACCCGAAACCAUUCAUCAAUUGGGUGCUACGACCUUUGUGCAAGAAGUUGAUGCUGGUACUUUGUCUCUCAUGGUGCCCUUGUUGGCUCGUGGUCUACGUGAACGUCAAACACCCAUCAAGCGCAAGGCUGCUGUGAUUAUCGACAACAUGUGUAAGCUCGUGGAUGAUCCUGAAGUGGCUGCUCCUUUCCUUCCUGUAUUGUUGCCAGAGCUUGAUCACGUGCAUGACAUCGUGGCUGAUCCCGAGUGCCGUGGUGUUGUCAACAAGGCCCUUGCUACUCUUAAGCGCAUUGGUGCCACCGAGGAAGGUGUUCAAGUCCUCACUGAUACUGAAAAGCGAGACAAGGUGACCAAGACUUUGGAUCAUUUGAUGCCUACAAAGUUGGAAGGUUUCUGGAGCCCUGUACGCAAGUUCAUGAUUGAAGUGGCAGUGGCCCUAUCUUUGGCACGCGAUUUCACCAAGGCAUCAUGGGUCAGUGCAAUCGGUCCACAUGCAGGCACGUGGCUUUUGGUCACAGGUCGUGAGCAUGGUGAUUGGGGUGAAGAACAAGAACACGAGGCUGAAAAACUUGCUACGGCUGCAUUGGCUCACUGUGAGGAAGCGGUUGCUUUCCAUGCUCCUGAGGAAGAAGAUGAUGAUGAAGGUGAAGAGCUUUGCAACUGUGAAUUCUCUCUUGCUUAUGGUGCCAAGAUUUUGCUCAACCGUACCACACUCAAGCUCAAGCGUGGUCGUCGUUAUGGUCUAUGUGGUGCCAAUGGCUGUGGCAAAUCCACUCUCAUGCGUGCUAUUGCCAACGAGCAAGUGGAAGGCUUCCCUCCAAAAUCAGUCCUCAAGACGGUCUAUGUGGAACAUGACAUUGAUGGAUCUCAAGCUGAUACGGGUUUGGUCGAUUUUAUUGCUGAAUCCAAAGGUGUGGAGCAAUCUGACAAGGGAGAGAUUGCACGUAUUCUUCUCGAUUAUGGCUUCAGCGAAGAUAUGGUCAAGUUCCAAAACAUCGGUUCCCUUUCAGGUGGUUGGAAGAUGAAGUUGGCUCUUGCACGUGCCAUGUUGAUGAAUGCCGAUAUUUUGCUUUUGGACGAACCAACCAAUCACUUGGAUGUGGUCAAUGUGGCAUGGCUUGAGAAUUACUUGCUGGGCUUGAAGACUGUCACUUCCAUCAUUGUGUCCCACGAUUCGGGCUUUUUGGAUCACGUGUGCUCUGACAUUAUUCACUAUGAAGGCAAUUACAAGCUCAAGCGAUACAAGGGCAAUCUUUCCGAAUUUGUCAAAAAGGUGCCCCGUGCUGCUGCUUAUUAUUCAUUGGAUGCAGCUCAAUUGACAUUCAAGUUCCCAGAGCCAGGUUAUCUUGAAGGCGUCAAGACCAAGGAGCGUGCCAUUCUCAAGAUGAAGGAUGUGGACUUUCAGUAUCCUGGUACUUCAAGAAAGCAGCUCAAGGGUAUUACCAUGCAAUGUUCAUUAGCAAGUCGUGUGGCUGUUAUUGGUCCCAAUGGUGCUGGCAAGUCUACUUUGAUCAAGCUGUUGACGGGUGAGAUGGAGCCUACUUCGGGUACUGUUUGGAAGCAUCCCAACUUGCGUAUUGCCUAUGUCGCACAGCAUGCUUUCCAUCACAUUGAGAAGCACUUGGAUUCUACACCCAAUGAAUACAUCCAAUGGCGAUAUGCAACAGGUGAAGAUCGUGAAGAGCUCGAUAAGGUGGAUCGUCAAGUGACUGAGGAAGAAGAAAAGCAAAUGAAUCAAGCCUUUGUUAUCGAUGGCGAGAAGCGUAUUGUCGAGGAGAUCGUGGGUCGUCGCAAGCUCAAGCAAUCUUAUGAAUACGAAGUCUCAUGGGUUGGCAAGUCUUCGGUGGAGAAUACCUGGAUCUCUCGUCAACGUCUUGAACAAAUGGGUUUCGGUAAAAAGAUUGCCGAGUGUGAUGCUCAAGAAGCUGCAAAGUCGGGUCUUACUCGUCCACUCACUGCCAAGGAAAUCGAAAAGCAUCUAUCUGAAGUGGGUCUUGAGCCUGAGUUUGCCACUCAUUCUCGUAUCCGUGGUCUUUCGGGUGGUCAAAAGGUCAAGUUGGUUAUUGGUGCUGCCAUGUGGAAUCGUCCUCAUAUGUUGGUCCUUGACGAACCUACCAAUUAUCUCGAUCGUGAGUCGCUUGGUGCUCUUGCAAGUGCUAUUCGCGAGUAUGGUGGUGGUGUCGUUAUUGUCACUCACAAUCGAGAAUUCUCGGAAGCCCUUUGCCAAGAAGUUUGGAAGGUCGACAAUGGUGAGCUUGUUGCUUCAGGUCACAAUUGGGUCACAGGUCAAGGUACAACAGUGAUCAAGGAGGAAGAACAGGAGGAUAUGGUGGAUGCUCAAGGUAACACCGUCAAGGCUGUCAAGAAGAAGGAGAAGCUUAGCUCUCGUGAAUUGCGUAAAAAGAAGAAGGAACGCAUGGAACGUCGAAAGCGUGGUGAAGAGGUGUUCUCCGAUGAAGACGAGUGGUAG